GGCUGCUCCCGCCUCACCAGGGGGAGUGGGUCAUGGGGGCCAGGCCAACUUCCCAGAGCCCCCCUUCCUCCUGGGGGGAGCUGGGGCCCAGAAUGACCCCUGAUCAUUGCCAGGAGUGCAGAGAGGGGGUCUCUGCCACCCCAGGCCCCCUGCAGGCGUGCGCUGGGUGGAACAGCCCCUGGAGGCUAGAGAGGGCAGCGGGAGGAGGCAGGGAGUGGAGGAGCCGCCCCAGGAGGGAGGGAGGGAGCGAGGGAGCGGCCUGUCGGAGAGCUCGGGCGCAGCGGGCCGCGGGCGCAGCAGGGCACCGGCACAGGGGCUGAGCAGCAGGCAAUGGGGACCCUGCGUCCCAGGCAGCGCCGGGUAAGAAGGCUGGGGCAUGAGGAUCUCCAGUGGGGGAGGAAGGCAUUGAGGGACGGGGCCAUGGCUCCCCCCCGUCUGUCCUUCCUGUGUUCCUUGACUCUCAGCCCCAUCUGUCUGUCCCUGUUGAUCUUACCUCCUGCCCAGCCUCCCAUCCCAUAUGACCCAGAAGGCAGUUUGUCCUCUCAGCCCUCAUCAGUGGGGUAUCAAGGAAUGGGUGGUGAUGGGCUAGACUGGAGGCCUCUGGGGCAGGAAUAUGGAACUGGCAGGACUGGAACUGUGGGCAUUCAGGGUGAGACAGCUGUGGUCAGAGGUAGGGCCUGGAUGAGAGACAGCAAUGGAGCUGAGACGGGAGUGUGAGGGACAGGGAUGGGGGUGUAGGGACAGGGCUGUGGGGAUGGAGAUGUGGCCAAGGGGAUAGAGAUAGGUUUAUGGAAACAAGAAAGAGCUAUGGGGACAGGGAUGAAUCUAUGGGGACAGAGGUUUCACUAUGGGGACAAAGAUGGGGCUCUGAAAUGACAGUGUGAAAUGUGCCCACAAUGGCAGAGGUGGGGCUGUAAGCAUCUAGGAUGGGACUGGAGUAAAGGUGAUACGGUGAUGGUCAGAGAUGGGGCAGUGGGGUCAGAUGACAUCCUGGGUCAGAAAUGGGUCAGUGGGUAUCAGAUGGGGUCAGGGCCCAGGAAUUUGCUGUGGUGUCCGAACAGGAGGGGGGUGUCAGAGCUGGGUGGGUAAGGCCCAGAAGUAGGGAUAGAGACAGGUUGGGCUGAAGGCAGGUGAGCUGUGGUGGACAGAGGAAGGGGCAGUGAGGGCAGACUGAGGCCGGGAGCAAGAGAUGGGCUGGUGAGAGGCAGAGGAGGAGGAGUGGGUCAGGAAUGGGGCAGCUAGAGUCAUCCGGAGUUGCCCUGGGUAGAGGGUCCAUAGAAGAACGCCACUGGGUCAAAUGGGUCCUGAUAUUCGGAGAUGGGUCCUCUGGCUGGUCCCAGGCCAACGGAGGGACCUCACCUUCCCGUCCUCUCCUCUCCCCAGCCCCACCCCCGGCACCUGACAUGAGCCCUUGCGGGCCCCUCAACCUGAGCCUGGCGGGCGAGGCGACCACGUGCACGGCACCCAGGGCUCCCAACGCGUCCGUCGGACCGGUGUCGGGCCUGGCAGGCGCAUCGCCCGCGCUGCCCAUCUUCUCCAUGACGCUGGGCGCCCUGUCCAACGUGCUGGCGCUGGCGCUGCUGGCGCAGGCCGCGGGUCGUCUGCGGCGCCGUCGCUCGGCAGCCACCUUCCUGCUAUUCGUCGCCAGCCUGUUGGCCACCGACUUGGCGGGCCACGUGAUUCCGGGUGCGCUGGUGCUACGCCUGUAUACCGCGGGGCGUUCGCCGGCCGGCGGCGCCUGCCACUUCCUGGGCGGCUGCAUGGUCUUCUUUGGCCUGUGCCCGCUGCUGCUGGGCUGCGGCAUGGCCGUGGAGCGCUGCGUGGGCGUCACGAAGCCACUGCUGCACGCAGCCCGUGUCUCGGUGGCCCGCGCGCGCCUGGCUCUGGCCGCGCUGGCCGCCGUGGCCUUGGCCGUGGCGCUGCUGCCGCUGGCGCGCGUGGGCCGCUACGAGCUGCAGUACCCAGGCACGUGGUGCUUCAUCAGUCUGGGCCCGGCAGGAGGCUGGCGCCAGGCCUUGCUCGCCGGCCUCUUCGCCGGCCUCGGCUUGGCCUCGCUGCUCGCCGCGCUCGUGUGCAACACGCUCAGCGGCCUGGCCCUGCUGCGUGCCCGCUGGCGCCGCCGCUCUCAACGGUGCUCCCUGGCUUCCGGCCCCGACAGCCGAAGACACUGGGGAGGGCGCGGACCUCGCUCGGCCUCCGCCUCGUCCGCCUCGUCCGUCGCUUCGGCCUCCACCGCCCCUGGCGGCUCCCUGGGCCGUGGCUCAGGGCGCAGAGCCCGCGCCCACGACGUGGAGAUGGUGGGCCAGCUCGUGGGCAUCAUGGUGGUGUCUUGCAUCUGCUGGAGCCCCCUGCUGGUGUUGGUGGUGCUGGCCAUUGCAGGCUGGGGCUCCAGCUCCCUGCAGCGGCUGCUGUUUUUGGCCGUGCGUCUCGCCUCGUGGAACCAGAUUCUGGACCCCUGGGUGUACAUCCUGCUGCGCCAGGCCGUGCUUCGCCAACUGCUUCGCCUUCUGCCCUCACGGGCCGGCGCUAAGGGCAGCCCUGCGGUGCUGGGCCUCACCAGGAGCGCCUGGGAGGCCAACUCGCUGCGCAGCUCUCGGCACAGUGGCCUCAGUCACUUCUAGGCGCCCCCGGGGCCUAAGCCAGACCACCCCGGGCCUGCCCCAGGUCCACAGUGCAGAGACUUCGAGGAAUAAAGCCUUUUUGCUGACAA